AUGGCGCCAAUGCAGCCGUCGUCGGCGACUCUCUCCUUGGUGCAUUUGCAGAACUGCUUGGUCAACCUGCCGCCGUCGAUAGCCACGGUUCUCUCCAAUAUCAACAAACCUGCCCAAAAUGUCGUCGUUGAACUUCGCUACCGCGCCCGUUCUACUCCCACUGGGGGCGACUCUGACCCGAACGCUCCAUCGAUGAAGCACAUGUACCUUGGAUGGACCGGUAUGCCGAGCAAACUGCGGAGGGCUGCCCCAGUGGUUGGGGGGGGCAGCAUCGGCGGAUCUCGCGACGGACGCGAUCAGGAGUUCAUUGAGCUGGAUACCACACUCGGCGCAACUUUGGGAUUGACCGAAGGCCAGAGGGUAACGAUAACAGUGCAUUUCGACCCGCCCCUGGUGCACACCGUCAACAUCGAACCCCUGACGCCUGAGGAUUGGGAGAUGAUCGAGCUACACGGGACUUUCUUGGAGGACAACCUACUGUUCCAGAUCCGCGCCGUCCCCAACCCCGUGCAUGCCAUAGAGUCACGCGCUCCCGCCCGCUACAUGCACCCCCUAACGCUCCAUCUGUCACCCACAUCUACCGCGAACAUCAAAGUCCUGUCGAUAGAGCCUGCUCUUCCCGCCAAUGCUCCCUUCGCCAAGAUCGCUCCGGACGCCGAGGUCAUUGUAGCGCCCAAGACGAGGCAAAAGCAGCGGAGUAGCAAGGACGACAAGAGCGUGGGCAGCGCGUCUCGGAGGAGUGGCAAGAGCUCAACAACCACAACCAGGAGGAAGAGCGCCCGGGAGGAGAAGAAGCCAGUCUUGUUCUUUCGUGGUAUUGACCGUAACAACUGCCAGGAUUGGUUCGACGGCGAGCCCCCGGUCGAGGAUCUCAGUGUCUGGAUUGACCGUGACCUACUCUCCGCGGGAGAUUUGAAGGGGGUGAAGUGGGUGUCGGUCAGCGUUGUGAGGCCCGCCGGCCUUCAGCAGCCACUUGAUUCGGCAAAUCAACCACAGGAAGCGGAUCCCGCAGCGAAAGCGUCCAACAAGAUCGUCGCCGCCCUUCUGCCAUGGGAUGACCCUCCUGAUGGCCAAGCAUCUGCGCUCUCGUCAUCUCUGUGUGCUGCGCUUGGAUGCCAAGGUAUGGUCGGUGGUGUGGUUAAACUCGAGCCCGCUCCGGUCCCGACGUCCCGAAGGACCAGCCAGGACUCGGUUCAAAAACUCAAGAUAUACCCUUUCCAGUCGUUGAAGCCGACCACUCAGCCCUCGGGUCUCAAGUUCGGCGGCCAGUCGAAGGCCGAGAAAGAGGAGGCGGCAAACCAAGUAAAGCACAUCUACGGGCCAAGCGGAAACGGACUAUUGUUGGGUCCCCUCACAGACGGCCAGGUGCUCGGAGUAAAUCAUGGUCUAAAAUGCCCCCGAGGGUGGGAGGGGGCUGUUGUGAGGUUCGAACCUUCGCCGGCGCCACAAGGGCAAGGGAAAAGGCCCGUAAACUGGAUUCUCGGCGCCGACUGGAAGUUGCCCCUUGUGGUCGAGCCGCCCGUUCCGAUUCCUUCGUGGCUCACAGAGUUUGAGGCUGACGAGCUAGGCUCGUGCGAUACUCUUCUGGUUGGCAUUGACUCACUCCUAGAAAAGCUCAAGUCACAUCUCUCGCACAUGUCAUCCGUCCUCCUGACGGGUGGCCAGGGAUCCGGCAAAACGUCCGUUGCACAAACGGUCGUGCGUGCAAUGCGCGCUUCGCAGCUGUAUUAUGCGAACUACUUCCCUUGCACUAAGCUCGUCAACGACGAAAGCAGGGUGUCCACCAUCAAGGAAACGCUGAACCGCCUGUUUAUGGCUGCCAGCUGGGGCGCCAGGCUCGGCGGAAAGGCAAUCGUCAUCCUAGAUGAUCUUGACCGCCUCUGCCCGGCCGAAACUGAGCUACAGGUGGGGAACGAGAACGGCCGGAGCCGACAGAUCAGCGAGGCUAUCUGCUCCAUGGUCAGGCAGUACUGCGGCAGAGACAGUAAUGUGGUCUUGCUCGCCACCUGCCAGGGCAAGGACUCACUUCACAAUGUGCUCGUGGGCGGCCACAUUGUCCGUGAGAUUGUUGACUUGAGCGCCCCUGAUAAGGAAACCAGGCGACGUGUCAUGGAGGCUCUCACUAAGCAGGGCUCUGUUUCCCCAGAGGAAGCGGAACCGGUGGAUGAGCACGGAAGCCGUCCGACGACCGCGGAUGGUAGUGCCACAGACGGCGACGGAGGGGGAUGGAUGGACGGCCCGACCCGUACAACUCGGGAAGCACCCAGGGACAAGCCCAGCGGCUUCAUCCUCGAUCAGGACCUCGACUUCCUCGAGAUUGCCGGCCAAACUGACGGCUACAUGCCAGGCGAUCUAAUCCUGCUCAUCUCCAGGGCGCGCAACGAGGCCCUAAGCCGGAAUGUUGGCGAGGCAACGAAGCCCGACGCGACCACUAUCCACUUGAGCCGUGCAGAUUUUGACAGCGCCCUUAAGGGGUUCACCCCAGCCUCACUGCGCAAUGUCACGUUACAAAGCUCUACAACCACUUUUUCCUCUAUCGGCGGGCUGACGGAGACACGCCAAGUCCUGCUCGAGACACUCCAAUACCCAACCAAGUAUGCCCCCAUCUUUGCGCAAUGUCCUCUCCGACUCCGGUCCGGCCUCCUCCUCUACGGUUAUCCCGGAUGCGGCAAAACCCUCCUAGCCAGCGCUGUGGCUGGAGAGUGCGGCCUCAACUUCAUCAGCGUCAAGGGUCCCGAGAUCCUCAACAAGUACAUCGGCGCCUCGGAAAAGAGCGUCCGUGACCUCUUUGAGCGCGCGUCGGCUGCCAAACCCUGCGUUCUCUUUUUCGACGAGUUCGAUUCUAUCGCCCCCAAGCGUGGCCACGAUUCCACGGGCGUCACCGACCGUGUCGUCAACCAGCUUCUGACGCAGAUGGACGGCGCCGAGGGUCUCUCCGGCGUGUACGUCCUGGCCGCAACCUCCCGCCCAGACCUGAUCGACCCUGCGCUACUCAGACCAGGCCGUCUUGACAAGUCUCUACUUUGUGACUUCCCCACGCUAGAAGACCGCCUCGACAUUAUCCGAGCACUCGCCCAGAAAGUCAAGGUCGCCGAUGAAGUCUGGAACUCAGAAGAGGACCUGCUCGAGCUAGGCCGCAGAACCGAGGGCUUUUCCGGUGCCGAUCUCCAGGCGCUGGUGUCCAACGCCCAGCUAGAGGCCAUCCACGACGUGCUGAACGAUCGCGAACAGCCCGCCGCUGCUGCCAACAGCCGCCGGGGCGCGGCCAAGAAGACCACCGCCGCGUCGGCGAGGAACUUUGUCCAGUUCCGCUACGGCGAGGACGGUGUCUCGCCGGAUGGCAGUGCUGCCGCGGCACCCCGUACCCGUGCGACGCAGCUUGCCGAACAGGCGGCCAUAGCCAGCAAGCUGGAGGGUAUCAAACUGGCGCGGAAACGCGCGAAGCAGUUCUCCAAGGGCUCUACCAACCCUGCCGGCGGGAAUUCUAACGGCGAUGUGGCAGAUAGCGGCAGCGGUGGUGGGGGUGGUAACGCCGAGGUGGUGCUCCGCUGA